GAGGGAGCGAGUGGCGCGAGCAGCAGCAUGACUCGGAGGCGGAGCAGGCCGAGCGGCGGCGCGGGCCGGCGCGAGCGGGCGCGGGCCUCGGGCCCCCAGAAACUCCCAGCGCCCGAGCUCCCGCCGCCGCGCCUGCAAGCGGGAGCGGAUGCGGGGCCCCCGGAGCUGCCCGCGGAGCCCGACCGCGACGGCGCCCCGAAAGAGGAGCCCAAGCUCGCGCUCACCCCGCAGCCCCUGAGUCCACCUGUUCCGGGCCCUGGGGCGCAGACCUGCUGCCUUCUAUGCCGCCGUGCUCACCGGGGCUGGGACGAGAGCCCUAGCCAGAAUGGGCUGGUGCUGCCCGGGGAGCAGCUGCCCGCAGACUUCAUGCCUAAGCUGGUCAAGAACCUCCUGGGCGAGAUGCCACUGUGGGUGUGCCCGAGUUGCCGCCGGGGCAUGGAGGAUGAGGAGAGGCAGACAGGGCGUGAGCACGCACUGGCGAUCUCCUUGUCCCACACAUCCUGCAAGUCACAGGCCUGUGGUGGUGACUUUCACUCUUCCUCGUCGUCGUCAUCCUCUUCCUCCUCUUCCUCCUCGUCCUCGUCCUCAUCUUCUUCAUCGUCGUCAUCUUGUCACGGGAACUCCGGGGACUGGGACCCCAGCUCGUUCCUCUCAGCGCACAAGCUCUCAGGCCUCUGGAAUUCCCCACACCCUAGUGGGGCUGCGCCAGGCACAUCGCUUGGGAGCUUCCCACCCAGCCCCGGUGAGGGGCUCCCCCUCUCGGAGCAUCACAGGAGUGCAGACCUCACCGCUCCACCCAACAGCCCCACCGGCCACCACCCCCCACCAACAUUGCUCAUCCCGCCUCACCCUGGCGCCUUCGGCUCCCCGCCUCACCCCUACCUGCUGCCUGCCACCCCAGCGGCACCUUUCCCUGCCCUCGCCUCUGAGUGCCCUGUUGUUGCUGCUGCCGCCGCUACUGCUGCCACCACCCCGCAUCCCCCAGGGCCAUGCCAGAAUUCCCACCUGCCCAGCACCAGCAUGCCGCUCCUGAAGAUGCCUCCACCCUUUUCAGGGUGCAGCCACCCCUGCAGCGGGCACUGCAGUGGGGCUCUCCUGCCUCCCUCUGCCUCCCAGCAGCUUCCUGGCACUCACAGGGAGCCUGGCUGCAGGGGCCACAAGUGCGCUCACAGCGGCCUGGCCUGCCCGCCGCCCCAGCCGUGCGAGGCCGACGAGGGCCUGGGCGAGGAGGAAGAUAGCAGCUCGGAGCUCAGCUCCUGCACCUCGUCCUCCACGCACCAGCGCGACGGCAAGUUCUGCGACUGCUGCUACUGCGAGUUCUUUGGCCACAACGCGCCGCCCGCCGCCCCGACCAGCCGCAACUACACCGAGAUCCGGGAGAAGCUCCGCUCGCGGCUGACCCGGCGGAAGGAGGAGCUGCUGCCCAUGACGGGCGCCCUCCUGGGCGGGGUCCCCGGGGAGCCCGCCGUGGACCACCGCGACGUGGACGAGCUGCUGGAAUUCAUCAACAGCACGGCGCCCAAGGUGCCCAACAGCGCCAGGGCCGCCAAGCGGGCCCGCUACAAGCUGAAGAAGAAGGAGAAAGAGAAGGCCCAGCAGGCAGCCGAGUCACUCAGGACUAUGGCCCCCACUUUCUCUGGAAGCCGUGAGGAUCCACCACUGCCGGCCCCCAAACAGCUCCUGGAGUGGCCGGAGCAUGAACUGGAUCGGGUCAGCAGCUUCCUGAGCAGCCGCCUGCAGGGAAUCAAGGGCACAGUUAGCGACCCCACCCAGGCUAGCUUUGGCAUGGACAGCAAUGGGUUUCCAAAGAAGGGGACCCCUGAGCCAGCACCCCCCAACCUGCCCCCAUCCAAUCUCAAUGGUUCCCCUGAGGGGAGACCAGACAUCAACCUGGACCUAUCCCCCUUAACUCUGAGCACCCCACCGAAUGCCACAUUAUCAACUUCCAGCGAGCUGCCACCCUCAUGGGCAGACCUGCAGGGCCCUCCUUCCCCAUGGACAGAGGCACGGGGUCCUCCACCUGGGAUCCCCCCCGAGAACAGGCUGGUAAGGAGACUCAACAGUGUCCCCAGCCUUUCCCGGGUGAUCUGGGUCAAGACACCCAAACCCAGCUCCCCAGCCCCCAAGGAGCCAAACCCCAAAGAGCCCCCCAAUUGCAAGCUGGGCAGGCCUGAGCUUCCGGAGCCUGGGGUUGUGAGCGGGAAGGCCCGGAAAGGCAAGAGACAGAGCGGCCAGCCCAAGAAGAGUGAGACCAGCUCAGUCCCCCAUGCCCCUGCCAGCCCCGACAUCCCCAGUGCCAAGGGCCAGACCCCCAGUUCCAAGCCACCUGGCAAGCCUUUGGAGCCCCCCAAAGCCAGUAACUGUGCAGAUGCUGAGGAGGGCAGCCGGGGCAGCCGACCAGGAUCCAGCUGGGCUGGGAGCCCCAAAGCGGAGAAGGAGAAGCGGAGUGCCUGGCAGAGCUGGCCCGCAGACACCAAGGCCAGGCCCCCAGAACCCCAGUGUCCCGCAGUCUUGCCUUUAGGCCCCGCGAGACCCCAGUGCCUGGCACAGGGCAAGGCCCGCAGCCGUCGGAGCCGCAACAAACAGGAGAAGUCAGCUGCCUCCUUGGAUGAUGUCUUCUUACCCAAGGACACCGAUGGGGUGGAGAUGGAUGAAACAGACCGAGAGGUAGAAUACUUCAAAAGGUUCUGUUUAGAUUCUGCAAAGCAAACUCGACAAAAGGUCGCUGUGAACUGGACCAACUUCAGCCUCAAGAAAACCACUCCUAGUACAGCUCAGUGAGCCUCCACCAGGUCCAGCAGUUUUGGGGUGUCCCAAAACCCUAACUGGAGAUGAUAAUCAACGGUUCCUCUUCCCACCAGCCUGCUGUUCUGGACCCUCCUGCUGCUGCUGCUGCCGAUGCCAUCAGACCAACCCAAAGCUGAGGAGCGGCUGCAACCUGGAGGUCCUGAGGAGGGGCCCUAACAUCCACAGAGCCGUUUCCUGGUGCUACGAAGCCUUGAACAAAGAGCAGGGGGCUGGGCUGGUGGUGGGCCCAGUGGGGCAACGGUACAACUGCCCCCACCCCACCCCCACUCUUUGUGUUUGGGGUUUUUUGUGGGUUUUUUUUUUUUCGGAGGGGGGUUAUUUUUCAAUUCUUUACUUUUGAUACUGUGAAGAUCUUUCUUGCUGAAAGAUAAAGCAACAUUUGGACACAG